AUGAAUCGCCCCAACCACUUGCGCGAAACGAUCAGCAGAUUUGAGAAUGUCUACGUCAAACCGAUGAAGGAGUACGUGAAAGAGGCGUAUACCCAAUCUCCAUUCACAACGACUGUCCUGGUCAUAUUCGCGGCUUCCAGUAUUACUCCAAUCGUUUCAGCCGUAGCUUUAGCAUUUUUUGCUCUGUGUCUCUCUCUUGCUGUUUGCUCGCUGGCCAUUCUUGGCAUUGCGCUAUCCUUGGCUAUUGUCCUUUCCACGACAUUAGUCUCAUCAACUGCCUUGGCUCUCGUCGGUCUCGCCAUUGCGCGCCGCAAGUCCAUCUUUGCGGCGCGUGAUACUAAUAAUAGAGGACAAGAUAGCGAGGCUAUCGAUAGUGACUCUACCCCAGAAGCAGUCAAGCCCCGGCCUAGAUCAUUUGCCCAUAUCUUCGCCCGUCUUCGACCGCGUGCAGUUCACCCUCAACGGCGCAAACUGCGUUUGCUCUUGUUUAUCGCCGGCUGCGAAGUCAUCUCGCGUCUCCAUUUUCCUCGUAUUAUCCGGUACAGUUUCCUGUAUCGAACUUUCCUGGGCCCAACUCUCUUUGGACCUUGGGGUCAGCGUGGCCAUCCUUUACAACGCUUACUCUCGCUUCCAUUUUUCCUCACUCGCCGCUCUGUCCGCAUUCUUUUCCCUUUACUCUGGUCAAAACCCCUCAUAUUUUUUACCCUGGGCGCCUUCAUUCUCUCUGGAAAACUUCGGCGCAAUUUGAUACGAUUCACAAUCCGACUCGGACGCACAUCCUAUGCGCGGUUCCAACAAUCAGAACUGGCAGAUGCGUUGGGUAGCGUCCCGUGGAAGGAAUAUGCUGCCACUGGUCUCGAGCAUGGCGAAGCAAUGGGUCGUGCCAUGAUCGCCUCUCUCGUUGCAUUGCUUCGGGCGUUGGACGAUGCGACAGCUGAAUCACGUGCUGGGAACGCACAAGAUGGACCAACGGCGACCAGCCAAGUGUCAGGUCCCCAGGAUAACGACUCGACGGAAAGCUAUGAAAUGGUCCCACCAGCCGCAGAGCAGACAACCUCCACUUUGAGAGCUCGCAACACCGUCCAGGCAGAUGGAGAGGAAUACUAG